AAGGGACUGACUGAUAAAGUGAAGGUUGUUGUUUUGGUCCUCGGGGCUCGAGCGUCAGACCCUCCCCAAACACGAGCGGGCUGCACAUUAGAUUUCCUGCUGGACCCACGAGCUGGUGCACUUUUAUAUUUAGCAGAGCUCGAGUUUCCAGAAGCCCAUUCACUGCCAGCAGACGAACAGCGACACAACGAAUAUCUCACUCUCUCUAUCUCUUCAGGCAACAACACAACUCACGCGUGUGUGUGUGUUUACAGUAUGUCCGUGUGUGUGAGAGAGAUGGCAAAUGUCAAAACCCCGACAAAUGCGAAUUAAGAGCCGAAUAGUGACCUUCUUGGGGAGAAACGGGCUGGUGAGAAUAUAAUUUCCAAACGCAUCUCGCAUUUACUGACAGAAUAAUAAAUAUUACAUUUGCUGAUAAAAGCAGUCAAGCAAUGUUAUCUUAUCAUACCUGAUGUGCGUACCUCAAUGACAGAGCAGAUUGCAAAACAGCAUUUUUGUGAAAGGAAAAAGGGGCAGAGACAUUAUAAAGGAAGUCUUUAAUAGCGAAAGAGGAAGAAGAUUGAUUUGACUUCCAGCAGUCUUGGGAACUAGCAGAUUCGAACUUCAGAAAUGCUCUGUUCUUCCUUGAAAAUGACCUAUUGCUGGAAGAUAUGCCUCCACCCUAUUUGUGUAUACUAGAAAUAUAUGAUGGCUCCACCCCAUUUUUGCAAGUUCAUGCUGCUGGAAAUUAUAUCAUAUAUAUAUUUGUCAGUACAGCUGUGAAGGAAACUGAACUGCUGACUUCUUCCUUCAAGACAGCCUGUUGUAAUGGAUGCAGAAGACCUUUUCAAAUGUCAUCAGAUUGCAUUUCCGUCGUGGAAUAUUUAUUUUGGGCUCUAAUGGAAUUUCCAGAACAGAUGUAGAAGACUUAAGAGCAGAGCGUUGGAAAUAUCUUAAGCUUCGCUUUUGCGUGAUGAAACUUGUCUUCACGGAAACUGUCAGUCUUAGACUCUCCUUAAACAGGUGAUGUAUGAAAGUCUUUUAGUGAUGGCUAUGAUAACACCACCGGAAAUCCUAAUUGCUGAGCCCAUUUCCAUUCCAAUCCUGAACAUUCUCCCGCCGUCGUCAGAUACGGAGUCAUGGUCCCGCUCUCCAAGCCCACGGGCGCAUCGGUACCGCUCACGCAGCCGAGAGAAGAGGAAAGCCAAGGUACAGCAAGAGGACAAAUCAGGAGAAAAGCAUUGUGAUAAACGGAAAGGUGAACUCGAUAGAAGCCCAUCACGUGCAUCUGCAUCCUCUCAAAUGGUUUGUAAUGUUGAUGAAGAAGAGCAGGGAAACCCCUGUGUGCUUCUGCUACCCCCAUCCCGCUCAUGGUCACGGAGCUCCUCCCUAAGCAGGCGCUCUCGCUGGUCUAUCCGUAGCCUUCUCAACAAGGACUCAGAUUGUGACAGCAGCAGUACAGCCAGUAACUCUCCACGCAGCACACCCGGCAGCUCGCCCUCCUUACGCCGGCGUGUGUUGGGAGGCAGAGCCAGUGAAGGAGAGACGACGGGAGAAAGAAGCGGUGGCGGUUCAGACAGCCCUCUGCCUCCCACUCCAUCCUCAUCCACCUCCUCCUACCCACUCGCAGCACGUCACUUCACCCGCAAUGCCAAGAAAAUGCAGAGCUGGUACAAUGUUCUCAGCCCUACAUACAAACAGAGGAACGAAGACUUCCGUAAACUCUUUAAAAAGCUGCCUGAUUCAGAGCGUCUCAUAGUGGAUUACUCGUGUGCACUUCAGAAGGACAUUCUACUCCAGGGCCGUCUCUACCUGUCGGAGAACUGGCUCUGCUUUUAUAGUAAUAUCUUCCGAUGGGAGACUACGAUCACCAUACUUCUGAAAGACGUGACCAAUCUGACCAAGGAGAAGACGGCCAAGCUCAUCCCGAACGCCAUCCAGAUCAGCACUGAAAACGAGAAGCACUUCUUCACAUCAUUUGGGGCGAGGGAUCGCAGCUACAUGAUGAUCUUCAGACUUUGGCAGAACGCAUUGAUGGAUAAGACUCUGUCUCCCAAGGAGCUGUGGCACAUCGUUCACCAGUGUUACGGCACUGAGCUCGGCCUCACCAGUGAAGAUGAUGACUAUGUCUCCCCUACUGCUGAACAUAUGAACGGCCUGCUGCCCGGAGAGGAGCCGGUCUCCGUCACUGACCUGCUGGAUCUGGGAUCAGUGCCGGUGGCUCCAGCGAACUCCUCUCCACCCUCAUCUGCCUCAGUUCUUCCAUGCGCUUCAGGAUCUUCUCCACCCUCCUCCUCGUCCUCCACUCAGCCUGUGGAGGUGCCGUCUACUCGGGCAAGCAUUGACCCAGAGCCCAGUCCACCCAAUUCCCAGACCUCACUACCCCUGGUCACAAACACUGGAGCUGCCCCGGCCUCAGCGAUUUUAAAAGAAGGCGGGGACAGCCAGUCAGAAUCAGCCAAUCACUCACUUCAGUCUCCUCCCUCGAUCCCACACAACCUGGGAAACCUCUCUUCAUUGGAUAUGACCAAUGAUGAGGACCUCCCAACUGACCCCAGCAAUUCCUCUGACACUCAGGAAGAGAGUGAGGUGGAGUCCUUCUGUGCAGACCUCAACGGCCGAUUACAUAUCAAUACAGUCGUUCGCAUGAGUGUGGACAAACUCCACGAUCUUCUGUUCUCCGACACGCACUUCAUACAGCACCUUUUCUCACAGCGUCACUUCACUGAUCUGUCAGUGCACGAGUGGCAGCAGGACAGCAGCAGCGGAAGCAGCAGUAGAGUUCUGAGUUACACCAUCGCCAUCAACAACCCGCUCGGCCCCAAAACUGCACCUGUGGUGGAAACACAGACUCUCCACAAGAGCAGCUCCCGGAGCGAGUGUUACGUGGUGGACUCGGAGGUCAUCACCUCAGGCAUCCCCUACCAGGACUACUUCUACACUGUACACAGAUACUGCCUGACCUCUGUCAACAAGCACAAGAGCCGCCUCAGGGUCUCGUCUGAUAUCUGCUACAGGAAGCAGCCCUGGAGCCUCGUCAAAGCUCUUAUAGAGAAGAACACUUGGAGCGGCAUUGAGGAGUAUUACAGACACUUGGAGAUGGAGGUGUGUAAGCUGGAGACGCUCUUGCAGACGGAGGUUACUGUAGUGAGUGCUGGAGAAGUCCCCUCGCCAGACUCCACCAAGACGCCUCCCGGCCUGCGCAGGCGCAAGCGUACCUGUCCCAGACGAGCAGGAGAGCGGGACAGAGACAGAGAGGCAGCUGGAGGAGGAGAACGGGGAGACAGAAUCACAGAUGAACGGGACAGGAGGGAAGCCGGUGGUCAAUAUGUGAAAUUGGGAGAGAGGUGGCGUGGAGGAGGCGGCAGCAACAACAACAGCAUUUCAACCAUCCUGCUCAUCGUCAGCUUCAUUUUGGUGGUUCUAGUGGCUCUAAAUAUGAUGCUGUUUUAUAAAUUGUGGGCGCUGGAGCGGGCCGCACAUACGCUGGAGACCUGGCACUCGUACUCAUUAACUGACAGUCCUCUUCCUCAGUCAGCAGGAGAGUGGGCUCAGGUCCUGCAGCUCCAGAGGCAGUUUCAUCAGGCCCAGAUGAACAAGUGGCAGCAGAUCUUACAGUCGUCUGUUACACUUCUGGAUCAGAUGAAGCAGUCUCUGGAGAAGCUCCACAGAGGAAUGAUUCCUCCUGAGGUGCAGCAGGAGUCUGAUCCUGAACCGGACACACUGGCAGAUCAGUGACCCGCAAAACACACACAUCACACAUAGGAGACGGUGCGGUGCGGUGCUCAACUCAGUCGGGUAUCCAGGAGCAGCUACAGGACUGUAUAAAACCCACACACCAUCAACAUGAACAUCAUAAACUCUGGGUCUGAAGCAAUAACACACACACACGGGAGCGUCGGUCACUGCAUCAUGUACUGCGUGUCUGAGCUGAACUUGUAGAAAUUUGCAAUUGAUUGUGGACCUUUUAAAAGAUGUGGAAAAGAGGGAAACGUCUUUCUCUUCUUCUGGAGGACUCGAAUCAACCUUCAGUCUGCUACGAGACGUCAUUUCACUUCACAACAGAUGUUUUUUUUUGUUUUCUUGUGAGAGAAUUGACCGCUUUUUUCUCGCAUCUUGUUUUUAUUUGUCAGAGCGGUUACUGAACCUGUUCAAAAGUGUGUCAGACCAUUACAGUAUUUAUUGAACAGACUUGAACUAUACACGUGUUUCUGCUUGAACAAGGACCAAUGUAGAGUUUGGUGGAGCGACUGGUUUUAAAAUCAGUUCCCAUUUUAGCAAUAAUCACAUGGACAAAUUGUAAAGACAAUUAGAAGUUAAGCUAAAAGAAAGAAGUCGAAUGGAUAACUGUUACUUACUUGGGGUAGAGAGAAUCAGAGUGAUGAUUGUUUUUAUUCUCCCUGAUGUUUUUAGUUAUUAUUUCUCUUUAAAAGCCCUGUGUAUUUAUGAUUGACCGGUGAGAGGAGCAGGUUUGUGCCGUUGAGGUGUUGGGGAAUUUGAGUUUCACUGGAAUCAAACUUGAAUUGUUUACAGUUACUGUUAAGCCCAAAGUUACUUCAGUUUUUACUCUUACACAAGGAUCAAUAGCAGUAUAUGUGGGUGAGUUUUAUCAUCAGAGCAGUAUCUGCGUACUGUACAUGCACUGCUCGAUUUUAAUGUUUAUGUGCUGUUAAUGCACAUUAUUUCAAUUUAUGUUCAUGCUUUGAACUUGUUUUGCACUAGUUUGUUUGCAGUGUUCAUUUUGUCAACAAAAAGGGUGAAAAUGCUUGUUUAAAAUAGUUUUUUCAAAGAUUUCACUCGCGCUUAUUACUGAUGCUUAACGCCUCACGAGUCAUGACUGAACAAAGGGCGCCAACGUGAACGCGCAUACUGACGAAGUUUUUCAUCACUUCAUUUUCUUUCAUGGCUUUUAACUCUUUCCUGCAAUCUCUUGAUCCUGUGUUUUUGUGCUGCAGUGGACGGGGUUAAACACGUGGAGUAAGUUGUGCGAUAAAUAAGGGAAACCAUGAUCGGUGACGACUGUUUCUCUGCAACAAGUGAGUGUCAGAAGCGUGAAGUUGCUCAGCGCCAUCUUGUGUACAAGAGUAUUUAGGUUUUUUGUUAAGCGCCAUAUAAUGUCAGGGCAAUUCGUCUCAUCUCUAAGGAAAGUUGGUUGAUUAUAAAUGGCAAAAAUCACUCAAAAAAUUACGAAAAGUGAGACGGUCUUAAAAGCUCUUAAAAAAGACGAAGAUGACAGGGAUAUAGAUACUAUACCAGCAUGUAAUACUGUUGACGAAAAAGGCAAACUAAUAUGUAGUCAAAAAGAUAAAAACUAGCCAUCAUUAAAUCCACAGUUCACUCAAAAAUGAAAUUUCUAACAUUUACUCACCAUCAACUUAUUUCAAACCAGUUUGAGUUUUUUUGCGUUCCGUCGAACACAAAAGAAGAUAAUUUGAAGAAUGUUGAAAACUUGACAUCAAAAGUAGGAAAAACUACAACUUUGGAUGUGAAUGAUUGCAUAGUUUUCAGUCACAUUAUUGGCGCAGCAGACCUAUCAAGUUUGUCUGUUCAAUCCACUCUAUGUACGUUUUUCGUCCGUAUUUUCGUUGACGAAAUUAAUGCUGUCCGCAAAGUGUGAAAGCUGAACAGUUGGUUGAAGAAAGAACCUUGAAGAUGACAUGCGGCUGAUGAGUGAAUGGUUUUCAACUAGUAUAAAUAAGUAAAUGUAAUUUUUAAACACUGGACAAGGAUGAAUCUUUCUAGUGCGCAUGUGCCGGCGACUAUUAAGUGAAGUGCACUUUGAAAGGCUGUGCAUGUCAAAAAUGAAGUAAACUUUGGGCUGAACGUUUGUGAGAACUCAGUCCCUCCUGAAGCUGGAGGUUUAAGGACCAAGCAGAACUCAAGGAUUGACAUCAACAUUUCACCGAACGCUGGGCCAAUCUCAGAACGCUGAACCUGUCCGUUUGUUUCACCUCCAGAUCAAAAGAAUUUUUUUUUGCAUUGUCAAUUUUAUGACAAUUUUAAUUCAUUUUAUUCAAAUCAUUAAUAUUUAAAUGAAAGUAUGAGUGUACAAAUAUAUUAAUACUCCUCAAUAAUGGGAAGAGUGAAUGCAAAAAAGAGCUAAAUAUUUGUUCUGUUCAUUUUUUAUAAUGACAGGCUUUGUGAGAUUUACCCUGAGGAUUAGAGUUUUUGUUUGUUUGUCUUUUACGUUUCAUUAUUUCAUUUGAAGAGUCUGUUACUGAUGUCCCCUGUCCGACCAUUUCAUUUUUCAUCUGUGUAUUUGUCGUCUUGCUGUCCUUCUCAGUGAUCUCUCCCUCCUCUUGAGUAUCUGUCUGUCUGUCUAUCCGCCUGUCUGUCUGUCUGUGGGCGCUGCUGUGCAAAGCCCUUGCUGAGUGAUGAAAGUGUGUGCUAUUUAUUCUGAUCAGGGAGGGAGAGAAUGAAGGUGGGAUGUAUUGUAUAGACACGAUUGUAAAGAUGACUUGUGAGUCACAAAUGUACAAUAAAAAAUGCAAAAAAAAAAAAAACUGUCAUUUUAGGAGUGUAUUGAUUGAUAUAUUAUAUUUUAGAUAUGUU